CUGGGCCGGUGCAAGGAGUGAAACAGUGAGCUGUGCUAGAGGGAGAGUCAGUGUGUGUGUGCAUGCUAACAGUGUGCCUUAUGAACAGAGGGGGCUUGAGUGACUGUUGACUAGCCGGCUAGUAGGUGGAGGAACAGUAAGAACACAGACAGAACUCCGUGCUUGUUGGAUCCAGUGUUUGUUGUGGAAUCUAUACUCUCAGACAAGGAGGUUCUGGGUGACGGUGGGUUGAAGAAGCGGGAUGUCUAAGAUGACGUUGUGGUUGGGCCUCCUCCUGGCUCUCAGCGCAGGUCGUCUGGAUGCUUGGUUCUGGAACAAGGACCCUGAUCCUACUACCCAAGCCCCAACGAAGGCUCAGCCACUGGGCAAGGCAGGAGGACAGCCCAAGAGAGGUGAGGAGAACCUGGCAGGGGUUGGGGCAGAAAUCAUCAACGUGGCUGAUGGGAUCCGUAGGUUUGUGCAGACGUGGGAUGCGACCCCAGCCACUUGGACUGACAGAGGAGUGGCGAGCCCUACCACACAGAUGGCUAAUAAGGAGGAGUCUGUGUCUGGGGAAGGGUCUGGGGCUAAGGAAGGAUCUGGGUCUGGGGAAGGAUCUGGGUCUAAGGAAGGAUCUGGGUCUGGGGAAGGAUCUGGGUCUAAGGAAGGAUCUGGGUUUGGGUAUAAGGAAGGAUCUGGGUCUGGGGAAGGAUCUGGGUCUAAGGAAGGAUCUGGGUCUGGGGAAGGAUCUGGGUCUGGGGAAGGAUCUGGGUCUAAGGAAGGAUCUGGGUCUGGGUAUAAGGAAGGAUCUGGGUCUGGGUAUAAGGAAGGAUCUGGGUCUGGGGAAGGAUCUGGGUCUAAGGAAGGAUCUGGGUCUGAGAUGGGUUCAGGAUCAGGGUCUGGUUCAGCAUCUGGUGUAGGGUCUGGAUUUGGAUCGGGGGUUGAGUCUGGUGUAGGUUCAGGGACCGGCUCGGGUUCAGGGUCAGGGCUUGGAGAAAGGGAAAGCUUGGUUCUCCCCACUAACCUAACAGGGGUGGUGGAGGAUGACCUCACAUGGGUUGAGGGGGUGAAACAGGGCGAACCAAAGACCAACCUCUCUGGCAUCUCUUCUCAUGACCACAAUGGAACCUGCCACCUUGUGCCCUCUGAUUGGCCAAUCUGCAUAUCAAGGGGGUCAAAGCAUUUCUCGCUGCCCAACUUCCUGAACCACACCUCUGUGGAGGAGGUUGGCGUGGCCCUGAGAGAGUGGGCGUGGCUGGCCAAGGCGGGGUGCCACCAUGGAGCCGAAUGGUUCCUCUGCCUCCUCCUCGUGCCCAGGUGCCCGAUGCCUGGCCAGCUGCUCGACAAGGUUCCCCUUCUGCCCUGCUGCAGCUUCUGCCAAGUCCUGCAAGACAGCUGCUGGCCAGCCCUGGAUGACGGGCGACUUCCUGUAGAGUGUAAUUUGCUGCCCGACAGGGAUCAGGAGGCGGGGUUGCGGUGUCCGCCAUGCGUGUCAGUUAGUAAUCGGAAAGCAGAGAGUGGUGUGACUCUACUGCAGCUGAUCGGAGGCCUGCCUCCUGAUGAAUCCCAGACCGGUCCGGGGGGGAAACCCGCCUACUACUUCGGAGGGCAGGACGGGCUGACUGCUGCGGGACAGCCGGCCCUGGCCCACCUCCCCAACCCCUUCUACAGAGACUUCUCCCUGGUCUUCCAAAUCCUCCCCUCCAGCCCCGGGGUCCUCUUCUCCAUCACAGACGCCUCCCAGAAGUUCAUGUACGUGGGGGUGAAGCUGAGCGCCCCGGACGCUGACGGCAGGAAUCAGAAGAUUCUGUUUUACUACACAGAGCCCGACUCUGAGGCCUCGUACCUGGCCGCUAGUUUCACCGUGCCCUCCCUGGACCUAGUCUCCUGGACCAAGUUCUCUCUGUCCGUGUUCAACGACCAGGUGACCUUCUUCAUGGGGUGCGACGCCUCUGGGAAGACGGUGAAGUUGGAGCGCUCGCCGGAUGACAUGGAGCUGGACAGGGGGGCGGGCAUCUUCGUGGGUCAGGCGGGAGGCGCGGACCCUGACAGGUUCGAGGGCGCGAUCGCUGAGCUGAACGUGGUGGGUAACCCUCGAGCAGCUGAGUUACUCUGUGAAGACGAUGAUGACUCAGACGCUGCCUCAGGUGACUUUGGCAGUGGGGAUGGGGACAAAAGAGAGACCGGCAAAACUACCACACCUCCAUCUCUCCGACCAGUGCCAGAGCCCCCUCUGACAUCAUCAGUGAGCGACAGGCUGUCAGAGACAGGUGACAGGAAUCAUCAGACCUCAGUAGAGUCCAGACCAGGGUCAGGAGGUCAACCAGGCCCUACUGGUUCUAACGGAGUGAAGGGGGACAGAGGGGAGAAGGGCAGUCCAGGGGACAGAGGUCCCGCCGGGCCAAAGGGGGAAUCGGGGUCUUUCUCCAGCUCUGCUUCUUCCUCUGGCUCUUCAUCAGGCGGAGGAGAACGUGGAGAAAAGGGAGACAAAGGCUUGAAGGGCAGUUCUGGGUUUGGUUACCCAGGCUCCAAGGGGGACCGUGGUGUACCUGGUCCCCCUGGCCCUCCUGGCCCUGGGGGGCCAGCUGCCCAGGUUGUGAGGCUAGGGGACGGCUCUGUGGUGCAGCCAGUGGCCGGGCCAAUGGGACCGAUGGGGCCCCCAGGAGCCAAAGGACCAGCAGGACCCCAGGGACCAGAGGGAGAAGCGGGGGAUCCAGGAGAGGAUGGCAAAUUAGGACCUGCCGGAGACAGAGGGUUCCCAGGAACACAAGGAGACUCAGGGGUCAAAGGACAAAAGGGGGAUCGUGGUGAUGGUCACCCAGGACCCAGGGGUCCUCCAGGGCCACCUGGACCCCCAGGCCCAGGGAUAGCUGACCGCGCUACAUUUGUGGAUGUGGAAGGCUCAGGAGGAUUCCCAGAUUUUGAGAAAAUACAGACUCUCCGUGGUCUACCAGGCCCCCCCGGCCCUCCAGGCCCCCCUGGCCCCUCAGCCGGUGGUGUCAGCUCCCAUGGGUCAGGCUCUUUCGGGCCCCCUGGACCUCCCGGACAGGACGGGGUCCGUGGCCUACCAGGGCCCACUGGUCCACCUGGCAGACCUGGAACCCCAGGAUCCAGUAGCGGAGAGAAGGGAGAAGCUGGUGAUCUAGGUCUUCCAGGGCCCAGUGGAGAGAGGGGUUCUCAGGGUGACCCUGGAGUGCCUGGUCAGGCAGGGCAGGGGGGCUUGGCUGGGCUUCCUGGGCCCAUGGGACCGAUUGGGCCUCCAGGACCACCCGGACCCCCCGGACAGUCCUACCCCGUGCGUUAUGGUGACGGGGAGGGUUCCGGAGUGACGGGGGUCAAUGGUGUUGCUGGAGUGAUAGGGAUUCCAGGACCACAGGGUCCGCCCGGAAUCGCAGGCCUUCCGGGAAGAUCUGGUUUGCCUGGGCUUUCGGGAGAGAAGGGGAGCGAGGGAGCAAGAGGACGGGAUGGAACACCAGGGAUGGACGGAUUCCCAGGACAAUUGGGAGACAAAGGGGAGAGGGGAGACAGAGGAGAAAGGGGUGAGCCAGGACGUGAAGGGGGGGCCCCUGGACCUCCAGGAGCUCCUGGCCCACCGGGACAGAUCUACCAGACCUCAGGCAGCUUUGAUGGAGUUCUUGUGAAUCAAGGACAGGGAGGACCAGGUCUUCCCGGCCGGGCAGGAUUCCCAGGGCCUAUGGGACCAAAGGGAGAUACAGGAGAGCCUGGACAGCCAGGAUACGCAGCUAAGGGGGAGAAAGGAGAACCUGGUAUUAUCAUGGGGCCUGAUGGAAGACCCCUGUACCUGGGAGGGCUGGGGUCUCAACCGGGAGAGAAGGGACUCCCGGGACCUGAGGGACCUCCUGGUCCCUAUGGUCCAGCUGGUCUAAAGGGAGAUAUAGGCAUGCCCGGUAGACCGGGCCGUCCUGGGUUGAAUGGUGUCAAAGGAGAGAGGGGGGAUUCAGCGGGAGGGACUGGAGGAUAUGGAGGUCCUCCAGGACCACCUGGCCCACCCGGACCCCCCGGGCCAGCAGUACCUCUGGACAGGUUCAAUAGGGAUGAUGUCUCACGGUUAUAUCCUGACUCCAAAGGAGACAAAGGUGAUCGUGGAGUACCAGGAAUACCCGGGGUACCAGGUCUCACGUCCAACUUUGACAUCUACACCUUCAAGAAGGAGAUGAAGGGAGAGAGAGGAGACUCUGGGAUGAAGGGGGAGAAGGGCGAGCCAGCCGGAGGAUAUUAUGGUGGCGGUUACGGUGGACAGGGUGGUCAACCUGGACCUCCAGGACUUCCAGGGCCAAAGGGAGAGUCCAUCAUCGGUCCUUCAGGGCCCCAGGGCCCUCCAGGUAACCCAGGAAGAGGGUACGAAGGCAGGCAAGGGAACCCAGGCCCACCGGGGCCCCCUGGACCUUCAGGAUCAUCCUCCUCACCUGGAGCCUACAGGCCAACACAGACCAUCAGCAUCCCUGGACCUCCGGGCCCUCCUGGCCCACCUGGAACUGAUGGACACUCCUCUGGGGUGAUGGUGCUGAGGUCAUAUGACACGAUGACAGCCACGGCCAGACGACAGGCAGAGGGGACGCUGGUGUAUCUGGUCGACCAAACAGACUUUUACAUCAGAGUACGAGAUGGCUUCCGGCAAAUCCAGCUUGGACCAUACAUAGCUUUACCCCCUGACCAGGGUAAUGAGGUAGCAGCUGUCGACCCUCCUCCAGUGGUCUACUACCAGCCAGACCAUCCCUCUAACACGGCCACAGAGCAACCCCCCAGACAGCUAGACCCCCACCAGCCACAGCCUGAGGGACAACACCCUGUUCACCCCGACCCACGUUACCCGACUCACCCGGAUCCACGCUACCCAGCCCAGCCUGAUCCACGCUACCCAGCCCAGCCUGAUCCACGCUACCCAGCCCAGACGGAUCCACGCUACCCAGCCCAGACGGAUCCACGCUACCCAGCCCAGACGGAUCCACGCUACCCAGCCCAGACGGAUCCACGCUACCCAGCCCAGACGGAUCCACGCUACCCAGCCCAGACGGAUCCACGCUACCCCUCACAUUCAGACCCUAGAUACCCCUCACAUUCAGACCCUAGAUACCCCUCACACACUGAUCCACGGUACCCCAGUUAUACAGACCACCAGCACAACCCUGACCCUGUUCAGCCGGUCCAGCCCCAGCCAGCCCCUGUAACCCCACAACGCAGACCCAGACCUCCUGAGACCCCCAGCCACCAACACACAUCAGGCCCAAGCAUUCACCUGGUCGCCCUGAACGCCCCCCAGGGGGGUAACAUGCGGGGUAUCAGAGGGGCAGACUUCCUGUGUUUCAACCAGGCUCGGGCCAUCGGGCUGAAGGGAACCUUCCGGGCUUUCCUCUCCUCCAAGCUCCAGGACCUUUACAGCAUCGUCCGCAAGUCAGACAGAGAGCGCAUGCCCAUCGUCAACCUAAAGGAUGAGGUCCUGUUUGACAGUUGGGAGGCCAUCUUCAGUGACUCAGAGGGCAGAGUGAAGGACAAUGUACCCAUCUACUCCUUCGAUGGCAAAGACAUUUUCACAGACGGCACAUGGCCAGACAAGAUGAUAUGGCACGGUUCGACCAGCAGGGGGCACGGCCAGGUGGAUAACUACUGUGAGACGUGGCGUAUAGGGGAGCGUGCGCUGACGGGCAUGGCCUCCUCUCUACAAGAGGGCCAGCUCCUCCAACAGAGAACCAGCAGCUGUCACAGCUCCUACGCCGUGCUCUGCAUCGAGAACAGCUACAUCGGACAGUUCAAGAGAUAGGACUGACCGACCAAACGCACACACACACUACAGCCAGAUCAAGAGAUAGGACUGACCGACCAAACGCACACACACACUACAGCCAGAUCAAGAGAUAAGCCCAAUGAAAAACACAAACAAACACAUCAGCCAAUCCAGGAGGCCUAACAAAACGUAAGUACCAGUGGAGGCUGGUGACUUAAAAAACGAGGAGGAUGGUAGACCCAGGGUAUAGGCGCGGAACGCACGGAGACAACAAAGUGUGUUUCAAAAAUCGUCAAAUACUAAUUAUUUUAACCUAAAGCAUUUAAUAAAGACAAUUUUAGUACACUAUUUUGGGGAAUGGGAAUGAGAGGGCUACUUACAGUGUUGGAAAGGGACCACAGCAGUGAUUGAAUGAGGGUAUGAGGCAUGAGUUGAGGUGUUCAGAGGCUUGACCAGUGCAGGACAGGAUUUGCCUAGAAAGACAAACAAUAACACAACACACUACACAGUUAGACAAAAGAGCUCAAAAUGAGUUAGUCUAAGCAAGGAGUAAAAUGAGUGAUGUGUAAUAAUGUGAUUGUGUAUGUGAUUGACUCUUCAUAAAUGAACGAGAGAAAAUGGAUAGGGGGACUUACAGAGCUUGGAGAGGAAACAUUCAAUGUGCCAGUGGAUGAGCGGGCACAUGAGACAUGGCUUCAGUUCAUGUCAGGAGAUAGUUGACAAUGGUAGUGGAGUGAUCAUAACCUCUUAAUCAGGGAACAGGAGGGGACUUCCCUGGAAAUACAAAUAGCAGAUACAGGGAUUUCCUCUACCCAGACAAAUAGACAACUGGGCUGAGCUCGCUUUAUGCAUGUUUUCAUCAUGUAGGCCUAUGCAACUGUAGGCUUUAUAAAACAUUUACUCACAUCUAUCAUCGCUAUUAUGUUGAUUGAUUAAUUCCAGUUAAUAAGCCUAGCCAGCCCAGUUUUUAAUAUAAACUACGUUUGAUCACAUUUUCUCCUGACACACAUAUAUGGACUAUAAAUACAUAAUGUUACCAAUCAGUUUAUCCUGACCAGAUGGACAGGGUGCAUAGGCUGUAUGCAGCUUCUCUUAUUAGGAGCCUACAGUUGAUCAUACUGAAAUAUAGUCUCGUUUUCAUCCCAUAAAGCAUGUCCGAUUUCUAGCGUUCAGGUGUGCCUAGGCUGCUGCAACAUUUAUGUCAUGAGUUUUUGCUUGUGUCUGUCCGGAGUGAUUGUGUUAUCAUCUUUGCUAAAUAAAUACCGGAGGAAAGAGGAAAGCUUACUUGAGCGCACGCGGAAAAAAUGCGCUGUGACAACCUCUCUCUUUAAUCGAAAUGUUUAUGGAUGAAGCUAUCAAAUCAUUCUGAAUUGUUUUCGACAUCCUAGAAAAGAGUCGAAAUUUUGACAUGUUCAGCAAGUAAAGCAUCGUAACGUGCAAUUACCUCUGCAAGCUCUUUGUAGUUGCCCUUGUUGGCGGGAAUGUCCCCUCUCGUCUUGUCCUCUAUCGAUGCAGCUUUUUCCCAGAAGCUUGAAUGUGAUCGGCAUUUAUAUGAUCCCUGCAUUUGUUUUGCCUUUUAGCUGAACGAUCGAUGUUCUUCAGGUCACUGUACCCACCUUUUGACCAAGGCUCAGACUUCCCUAAAGCAGGCAAGGCCAGCAAUACAGGCAGCUUGAUGAAAGGCUCCCUGUUACCAGCUUUACUUUUGAUACCAGUUGGUAUUGAACGCCCUCACCUUUUCAUCAGUUUCAUGAAGAUCUCAGGCAGAGGUCGACCCUUCGUUUCCGUGUAAACUGCACACUUCGCGCUGGUAGAUAGCUAGCUACUGAAGUUAGCGAGGCUAACUUUUAAAAAUGUUAAAUCAAUUGCACUAACUGGACAUAAAAAAAUAUUUGUAAAACCAAGAAAACAAUUUAUAAUAUACCUCUUCUGUCUCCUGUCAUUUGAAAAAAAAAAUGUUUGGUUUAAAUAAAAUCCCCAAAAAUGCUCAACUAUCACUGUUCACUCUUAAUCUCUAUCCGACAAUGUCACCAAGUUUCUCAACACAUAGAAUCCCCAUAAUGCUCUGUGGCACAAUCCCAAAACAACACACUAUGUUUGUUCUCUGAUCAUAAAAGCUUUGAUCUGUUGGAGGACUUCCUCCGGAAGUGGUCAUAAUUACCAUGUAUGUCUACGGAAGGGGGUGAGGCCUAUGAGCCUCCUAGGUUUUGUAUUGAAGUCAGAGGAGGAUGGAAGCUAGCUGUCCUCUGGCUACACCAUGGUGCUACCCCAGACAGUGCUUUUGAAGUUACUGUAGACCAUUGCAAAACAGUGUAUUUUAAUAAGUUAUUUGGUGACAUAUGAAUAUAUUUAGUAUAGUUUUACCAUAAAGUAUAACUUGAAUGUUUCUAAUGUUUACAUUUUUAUGAAAUUUCACCGAAGAUGGUCCUCCCCUUCCUCAUCUGAGGAGCCUCCACUGGUACACACACACACACACACAAUGGUGCUUUGUAUAUAACAGCUACAUUCCCCUUCUCCAAUACACUCAGUCCAGCUGGCCAAAUAGGACCACAUGUCCAUAAUAUGGGGUUGAUCAAGAACAGCGACAACCAGGCUAAGAGAUGGACCCCCCCCUAUACCCCAAUCCACCCCCCUUUAUACACUGAUCGCAGCUGACCAAACAGCCCACCCCGACCCCAUGCACAUACGUCUAAAUCACUGUUCUGUAAACACCUCAACACUGUGGUUUUCAGUAGAGUUUGUAUUCAUUCCACUUCUCCUUUCAUUGUCCACUUCAGAAAGCCAUGUUCAUUGGGGGUUAGAUAACAGACUAUCGCAACGCACAUUUAUUUUUUUGUGGUCUUACCCUCAAAAGCAUAAUACCUGCACUGUAGAAAGUCUAUAGCCUUUUAACAGUUUGCCCUAGAAUCAAACCACACCACAGACCACACCUACAGAUUAAACAGGACACUAAUUAUGUUCUCUAUGAUUCCAACAAGCUAAUUGUUGCAGUAUUGUACAUUAAAUGAUUAUUAUCCAAUGUUGUAAUUGUUUAUUCACUUUACAUUUUGUUGUAAUCAGUACAUAUAACCAGUUUUUGAAGUACUAUCUAUAACAUUGUCAUAAAUGUUGGAUGUUUUUAUUUUGCUAGCGGACAUCAAAAGGGAACAGGAUAUUUCAAAUGUUUUGAUAUCAAAAGGGAACAGGAUAUUUCAAAUGUUUUGAUAACAAAUGGAGUAUUUAUUUUGCGAUUAACAUUUUGUUAAGUAGUUUUAACAUUCACACUUUUCAGUAAUGGACUCCAUGGAUCUAUGUAUUGACAGAGGAAGAGAUGAGUCUGGGCCAAGAAUCAUGACAUUUUGUAUCAAAAAUCAAAUUACUAUGUUUUUGUUUUGCAAUGUCCUUUUGCGUUUCAAAAUUCUCAAAAAGUGCUCUUAAGUGUUUUUCAUGUCUAUGCACUGUGAUAGAAAUUAAAUAAGGCUUUUAAUCCAAAGACCAAAGCAUUGCAGCUCACUGAAUGAACCGGUGUAUGACCCUGGUGAGGAGUUUCCUGAGGUGACAUGUACUGUACCAUCUCUCUCAAUGUCAUCAACGUUUAUUAAAAAACAAACAAAUGCUACAUUGUUUUUCCAAACUGAUUUAUUUGUAAAUCAAAAAUAAAAUGUUGACAUAA